UUUAAUUAUUAUGAGUCUGUCAGAAAAUGAAGCCGAUGCUUCCAUGCAUCGGUUUAUGCCGCCACCACCCUCACGUCGACCAUACCGACACUCUCCCAAUCGACACAUUCCCUUAUCCAAACAACCAGAACCAUCUCCAGGUCCUCCAAAGUUCCCAGUGGGUGUUUCUUGGCCAAUCUUACUGGCCAUUGCACCUGCCCUUGGAGCCUUUCUUGGAGGUACUGCCGAGAUCUGGAGUGAUUUUAUUAUGAUCCUUUUGAUACUCUACUAUGUUUAUUCAUGGGUAACAGUCCCCUGGAGUUAUUAUGAAGGAGCAAGAUCACGUCGUAUGAUUCACGAAAAUGCAGUUCACAGCUCCCCAAAUCCCGCAGAAGCAGAACGAAGAGCUGCUAUUGCCGAUGAGCUUCACCGUCAUGAGCUUCUCGGACUGAUCUGGGUGCUUGUUUCACCUGCUAUUGCCGGCUACACACUACAGUACAGCCGCUACUUCUUGCACCACUACGAGCGAUACAUCAACUCCUUUAAUGUUGCCGUAUUCGUCCUUGCUGCCUCCAUAAAGCCACUUUCUCACGUCAUGAACCUUCUCAAGGAACGCACUGUCUAUCUGCAGAGCGAAAUCCAAGUUACCGAAAGCCAUGUUGAUGCUCUCCAAAAGAAACUCAAUUUGAUGGAAGAAGAGCUCUUUGGGCUGAGACGAGCCUUUGUUACCAAAAAAGAUUUAGGCCAGGUUACCAAGGAAAUAAAUCCUACUAUCCACCAGCUGGCCAAAUCAAUCCGACGCUUCGAAAGAAAAGAAUCUGCUAUGCGACAGUGGUCCGAAGAAUGCUUCGAGUCAAUAAACUCCAAAGUGCGUGAGUUUGAUGACUUUAUCUGUUAUCGGAUCGAACAAGACCAGCGUUCUUCGCACGGUAUUUUUGUCAGCCUUGUGUUAUUGCCGCUCAAUAUCAUCUUCUGGGUUGCCAAGCGUAUGACCGGAAUUUUCCCUAUCCCACGCAGUCUUUUGAGCUAUCCCAACAAGACCACUUGCCCACCAUCUCCCACACAUCAGCUUUAUCAUUGGCAACGGGUAGGAAAUGAGAAAUCAAAAGCUCCUAUCGGACCUCUUCCUGCACCUAUCCAGUUUCUUCCUGCUGCCGUUUCCACAACAACCACGACAACUACAGCUACAAAUAACAACAACAAUACCACCAACCCGUCGAUGGCACCCAAUUCUCAAGACACCAGAUGAAAUCCUUUUUUCAGCCUCAUUCCUCUAUAUAAAUAGUCUUCUUUACCACCAACCAGCAGCAACAACAACAACAACAAAAAACUAAAAAAAAAUGAAACAAUCAAACAAACACAACAUUUCCUUAUUUAUAUUCUGCCAUCUUAACACCUAACACCUACCUAACAUCGAACCUCAACCACAAAUUGAGCUCUAUUCAUCUAAUGAAAUCACCUUUUCCCUUCUUUACGUAUAUAUACAUUUAUUUUUUUAUCUAUUUAUUAAACUGUCAUUUUAACCACCUAC